AUGCCACACGGGAACCGGCCUCUUAACGGGUCACUCUGUAGCGAGUCACUCGCUGCGAUUUUGCUUGUCGGCACGAAUCCGAAUCAUGCCUCCACCUGGCUGGCUCCACGUGGCAUCACGAGUCCAGGUCGCCUCUUCGGCGUUUUUGUCCUUCUAGUGGUAACCGCGCAGUUCCUCUCGCUCGUCGCCGUCGCCAACGCUACCGUGCCGACAUGCGCCAGCCUCGCCGCUCAAGCUCCCUCCUUGAACCUCCUGCGCAAUGCGGGCUUCGAGGAGGCUUCCAUUGCAGCGGACUGGCCGUCGCCCCUGUCGUCCUGGGUGCCGCUCGUCCCCGGCGCAGCAGCGCAGCAGGGGCAGGUGGCGGGGGUGGUACAGGGGGAGGGGGGAGGGGGGGGGGAGGUUCCGCCCGGGGACCCGUCCGUUGCUGCUGAGGGCGGUCGGUUCGUUCGCCUGCAGCCCAGCGACGGCAGUGGCGGCACCGGUGGCGAGCUUUGGGGCACCGGGGCGAGCGAGAGGGAAGGGGCAGUGUGGCCGGUGCAGGGACUGGGGCAGCUGCUGUGUGUCGCGGAAGGCGGAGAGCAGCAGCAGCAGCAGCAGGAGCAGCAGCAGCAGGGGGAGUUUUCGCUGUAUUUCUAUGCAAGGGCACGCGAGUGCAUGAUGGAUAUGUUGCCUGCCUCUGGAUUGCGGCCCAUGCGAGCCAUGAUCGUCGCCCUGCCCCUGCCACCACCACCAGCCACCGCCGGCAGCAGCAGCAACAGCAGCAGCAGCAGCAGCAGUGUGGACGAAGGCGAGCUGGCGAGGGCGCUAGCAGGCGCUAUGAGCAGCGGAGGAGCAGACGUGAUGGUGCUGCAUGAAUGGACGGUGGGCGUUCCGUGCCGCAACAACUCCUACUCACUCUCGGGCCUCAUGCCCUGGCGCCAGCACGGACCCUACUCCUUCCACCUCCCACCCUCCCCCGCCUCCGCCGCUGCUCUAUCCUUCCCGCCGCAAGGCGUUGCGCUGCACCUCGUGCUGCUGGAGGGCAGUGCGGCGGACAGCAGCAGCACGCCCUCUGCUGCCACUGUGGAACUGCCUGUUCCCACUGGCGUGCCCGCUCCCGUACCUUCGACUGUGCCUGGGGGCGCGUCUGUAGCAUCAGCGGCAGCAGUGGAAGGCGGGGAGCUCACGUCGGCAGCAGCGGCAGCGGGGAGCAUCGAUGUGGAUCUGGUCACGGUGGCUCCCAGAGGCACAGGUGCGCUCAGAGGCACAGGUGCGCUUGUUGGGAUCACACGUGCUCACUCCACUCACAACAGGUCGGUUGCAGUGGCAGCAGGGAGCAUGCUGUUGGGCGUUCAUUCUGGGAGCACAGUGUGUGAGUCGACCCACAAGCCGUUGGUCACACACACUUACAACGGACUCCGUAUCCUUGGAGCUCGUUCCUUUUCCUGA